CAGCAGUUGACCACCAGAUACUCCAGUCGGGAGAAUAGGACUGUAUCUCUAUGUAAAUCACCACAAGCUUUGCAACAUCUGCCUUUACGUUACCCGACCUUGCAUUGAGUAUAAUAUUGCACUGGGCGCAGUAUUUGCACUAUCUGCAUGAACGAGUUAGUCAGUUCCUUUCUUGUCUUGGCACAGUCUGUAAAAUAGUUUGCACUGUUGAUUCCGGUGCUUGCACUGCCUGCAAAGUUCCAGCGGGCUCGGCGAGGGCGGGCUCGUACGCGAAAGCUGCUCGUGACGCUGGCGUGUCACUAGGGUGCGAGCUGUAAGUUGCGAGACCGAAGCGAGUGGCUCAGAGCGACGGUUAGUCACUGGCAGCGUCCUGUCCUUUGAAAAUGCAGCGAGUCCGGAGAUGGUGUUGCUGGCCAGCGAGCCGUGAGACUGCGGCCAUGGAGCUGUGCGAGGAGCGGCCGGUCAGGCGGGAGGAGCUGAACGCGACGAGGUAUCGCCUGCCGGUCUUCCACAGUAUCAAGCUCUUUCUCUUUUGCCAUGGGAUGUUGCAGUGUGCCCAGCUCCUGUACAGUUCCUACUUCAAGAGCAGCAUCACCACCAUCGAAAAGCAAUUUGGAAUGUCCAGUUUCUCAUCUGGAAUCCUGUCAAGCAUACAAGAGGUUGGGAACUCAGUUCUGAUUAUUUUUGUUAGUUAUUUUGGAAGUCGAGUUCACCGCCCAAAAGUGGUUGGAUUAGGCGGCCUUCUACUCAGUGCUGGAGCCUUCCUGCUUACCCUGCCCCACUACAUAUUUGAGCCAAAUCAGUACAGCAAGACCAUAGUAGGAAAUACAAGCCUUUUCAACAUAGACACCUGUCAACAAAUGAAUCAGACACACCAGCUUGAAUCUUGUGAAAAUUCAGGCCACAAAUUCAGGAAACUGGGCAGUGUUUGGGGAAUAAUGGUGAUUGCUCAACUAAUGGUGGGCAUUGGGACAGUUCCAAUUCAACCCUUUGGUAUUUCAUACAUUGAUGACUUUGCUGAACCAUCUAACGCUUCACUCUAUAUAGCAAUCCUGUUUGCAAUAUCUGUCUUUGGACCUUCAUUUGGAUAUUUACUUGGGUCUGCGACUUUACAUUUAUAUGUGGACCUAGAUAGAGUGAAUCCAGCCACCAUUGAAAUGAACCCCAGUGACCCCCGGUGGAUUGGUGCCUGGUGGCUUGGAUUACUCAUUUGCAGUAGUAUUCUUGCCAUUUUUUCUGUUCCUUAUUUCUUUUUCCCUCGACAAAUGAUCUGUCAAAAGAAGUCGAGCAGUAAAUCUGAUAUUCUGAGUGAGGCAGAAGAGCAAAAGGUGGAAGAAAUAACAAACCGAGAGUUCAUCAAGGUUUUUCCAAAAAUGCUUCUGAAGAUGCUGUUGAAUCCGUUGUUCAUCCUUGUUGUUCUGGCUGAGUGUUGCUUUUCAUCAGUGAUUGCGGGCCUUUCCACAUACUUCAAUAAAUUUCUGGUGUCCCAGUACUCCACCACAACUUCCAGUGCCAAUUUGCUUAUUGGGUCUAUAACCCUGCCAGCUGUUGCGAUUGGGAUGCUGUUGGGUGGAGUCUAUAUGAAGCAUUCUAAAUUACCCUUGGUGAAGAUCCCCUGGUGCUCUGGAUGUGUCCUGAUUAUUAGCAUUAUUUUGACUGUUCCUCUAUUUUUCUUGGGAUGUUCAACUCAGAAGAUUGCUGGAAUCAACUACAUCAAGAAUGCAAACAGGUCUUCUUCAUUUGGCCUGGAUACUGAAUGUAACGCUCACUGCUUCUGCUUUGAUUCAACUUAUAACCCAGUGUGUGGAAUUGAUAAUGUGGAAUACAUCUCACCGUGUCAAGCUGGCUGCAGGCAUUUUAUUUUCAACUACACGACAAGAAGGAUUUUGACCUACAACAACUGUAGCUGCAUUCAAGCACCUUUCAAACAGGGCUAUGCUGUUCCUGGACACUGCAAGGUCAGCUGUUCCAAUUUGCUUCUCAUUGUGGUCUUUGGCCUCUCUUUAAUUGGGCUGACAGCCUCACUCACCCACAAUCCCCUCUACAUGUUGGUGCUGCGGUUAGUGAGACCUGAAGAAAAAUCUUUUGCAAUAGGAAUUCAAUUUCUAUUGAUGAGGGCAAUUGCAUGGCUGCCAGCUCCGGCUUUGUAUGGUGCAGUCAUUGAUUCAGCAUGCAUUAGAUGGGGAGUAAUGUGCAAAGGAAAACAAGGAGCCUGCAAUUACUAUGACAACAAUCUUUUGCGAAACCGGUACUUAGGUCUACAAGUUGGAUAUACUAUCCUUGGUGUACUGAUUUUAUUGAUGACGGGAUGGAAAGUGAGAAAGAUUGGUGGCCAGCAGAACACAAAAUCAGUGUAAAGUUUUACAGAUUUAGUGGCACAUUAAUCACUUGACAAAUUAACCAACUUCUUUUAUUUGUAUCCACAUUAUUUCCUCAGAAUAAUGAGCAGAAUAUUCAAUCCUCAUCGACAAGACCAACAAAUGAGUGCUUUUAUCUUGAGUUUCAAAUUACAAAUGUUUGAGAGCUGACCUUGCUCUGUUUUUAGUAUUCUGUCUGCAUGUAUUAACUCUAACAGUAUAUACGUGUUUCAAUUAAUUAUUUCAAUGAACAUAAUAAAUUGGCAUAUUAAUUUAUUGUCACAUGCUGAGGUACAGUGAAGAACUUUUUUUUUUGUCACCCCUUAGAGUAGGUCAUCUCAUUACAACAGGCCAUUGAGGUGUACAAUAACAAUGCAGAAUAAAUUUAGUUAGAGAAAGUGCAGUGCAGGUAGACAAUAAGAGCAAGGCCCUAAUAUUGUCGGCUGUGAGGUCAAGAGUCCAUCUUAAUGUGCUGGUCUUACAACAGCAGGACAGAAGCUGUCCUUAAUCCUUAUGGUAUGUGCUUUCAGGUUCUUGUAUCUUCUGCACGAUAAAAGUGGAGAUGAGGUGGUGUGGAAAGGAGGAUGUAUAGAAAAGAGACAACCUAAUCAAAAAAUAUAAAUAUGAAUGGAUACAAUUAAUCAAAUUAGCCUUAGUUCCUUAAUUUAAUGGACUGCCAGGACUACACUGGACCUGCCAAGAUGAGAGGCAACAGCAUGAUUCAGGGUUUCAGGAGCAACUGGCCUGAGACUCAGUAGAAUCAGGUGAUGUUACUGGAGAAGAAGCCUUAAUGGUAGAGAUGGCAAGUCAUUUCCUUGUCAGAUCUAACAAGGAAGCCAUGAAAUGCCUUCCCAGAGACGUCUGCGAAAAGGACAUAGAUGUUGAUUGGUAAACAAAGUUUGCAAUAACAACAAAAGACAUCUUUCAGUCUUGCUCCUGUGAAGUCAGAGGAGAGUUCUGCUCAUCCAAUAGCAGCUGUCGGGUAAUGAAGAGGUCAAGAGAAAGGUGUUGCUAAGUAAAACUGGCUGCCAUUACUGCUGGAUAUAUAAACUAAUUGGAUUAAAAUAUAGGUUAGCUGAUUAGUAAAUUUACAGACAACACAAAAAUUAGCAACUGAAGGUUGCCAAAGGAUUUAGCAUUUCAAUUGAAAAUACCAUUGGAAAAAUGGAAGGUGUAGUUUAAUCUGGACAUGCGUGAAGUGUUGCACUUGGAAGGUCGAGUGAAAGGAAAGUAUGCAGUAAAUGGCAGGAAUCUUAAGGGCACUGAUGCACAGAGGGUUCUUGGGGUUCAAAUACAUAACACCACAGUAGCAACACAAGAAGAUCUAGUGGUAAAGGUGUACAGCAGUCUUGCCUUCAUCGGGGCAUUGAGUAUAAAAAUUGAGAAAUUAUAUUGUAGUUGUGUAAAACUUUGGUCAGGCUGCAUUACAGGAAAGAUGUUGAGACUUUGGAGAGGGUUCUUAAAAGGUUUACCAGGAUAUAACCUGGAUUACAGUGUAUUUGCUCUAAGAAGAUGUUGGAACAAAUAGCAAGUCCUACAAAUUGUGAUGUUAAAAUGAAUUGUAAUUUUGUUAUAUUUAUUGUCUUGGAAAUAGAUAUUGGUCAGGGCACCUGUGGUGACUUUCCAACUCCUCUUCAAAAAAAAGCUGUAGGGUCUUUUCUGUCACCUGGGAAAAUAGAGGACCUCAGUUUAUUAUCUUUUCUGAAUGUCAGCACCUCUGGCAUGAAAAUAAAGAGAAUAGGUGGAGAAAGAAGUUGGGGAGACUGAUGUAGGGGUUACGGAUUGGAGUAUUGUGGGAGGAUGGAGGAAAGAUGGUUUGAAAGAGCUUAGAAGAAUGUAACCAUGAAUUCAGUUCCAGUUUGUUGUCAUGGGUAUAUAUCCAGGGUAUAAAUGCAAUGAAAAUUAGUUUUUUUUUGCAGCAGCAGCAUUGUACAUUACAAACACAAGUUACUUAAAACUUAAAUUAAGAUAAAUUAAACAAAGUUAACACAGCAAAAUAAACAAAGCCAAACAAUGACCAAAACGCAAAUUGAAGGAAACAUAAUGAGGUAGAUUUAUGGUUUUCAGGGUAGUUCUAGAACACGGGACUUUGUCAAAGGCCUUGAUAAAAUCCAUGUAGAACUACAUUGCUUUCAUCAACUUCUCCACUAUUGAUGCAAGGCUAACCAGCCUAUAAUUUCUCACCUUUAUUCUUACAGCCUUUCUUAAACAACAGAACAUUAGCUAUCUUCCAAUCCCUUGGCACCUCACCUGUUGCAAAGGAUGUUUUAGAUUAUCUCUGCUGGGCCCCUGUAAUUUCUGUGCCAGCCACCCACAAGAUCCAAGGGAACACCUUGAACACCUGGGGAUUUAUCCAAGCUAACUUCCCUCAAGACAGCAAACCCUUGCUCCUCUGUAAUCUGGAGAGUCCAUAUACCUCACUGCUGUACUGCCUCACUUCGACAGAGUGCAUGCAUCUCCUGAGUAAAUACAGGUGCAAAACAUCUAUUUACGAUCUCCCACAUCUCUUUUGGCUUCAUGCAUAAAUGACCACGCUGAUCUUCAAGAGGACCAACUUUGUCUCUUGCGAGCCUUUUCCUCUUUAUAUACCUUUAGAAGCCCUUGAGAUUGUCCUUCAUUUUGCCUGCUAGAGCAACCUCAUGAUUUCUUUUAGCCCUGCUGAUUUCCUUCUUUAGUGUUCUCUUGCAGUUCUUAUACUCCUUAAGUAAUAUCAUUUGUUCCUUAUUGUCCAUAACCUGCUAUGCGCCUCCUCCUCCUUAACCAGGGCCUUAAUUUCUCUCAAAAACCAAGGUUCCCUAAACCUGUUCAGGAAGGAUGUAAUAGUGAAAUAGGGGUCAUUUAAAGGUGAAAUUUUGAGAGUACAGUAUCUUUAUAUUCCUGUUAGAUUGAAAGGAAAGGUUAAAAGUUUGAGAGAGCCAUGGUUUUCAACAGAUAUUGGAAACUUGGUUUGGAAAAAAAGAGAGAUCUACAAUAAAUAUAGAGAGCAUGGAGUAAAUGAGGUGCUCAAGGAAUAUAAAGUAUGUAAAAAGAAUCUUAAGAAAGAAAUUAGAAAAGCUAAAAGAAGAUAUGAGGUUGCUUUGGCAAGUAAGGUGAAAAUAAAUCCCAAGGGUUUCUACCAUUAUAUAAAUAGCAAAAGGAUAGUGAGGGAUAAAAUUGGUCCCUUAGAAAAUCAGAGUGGACGGCUAUGUGUGGGGCCAAAAGAGAUGGGGGGAGAUUCUUAAUUUAUUUUCUUUGGUAUUCACUAAGGAAAAGGAUAUUGAAUUCUGUAAGAUAAGGGAAACGGGUAGGGAAGUUAUGGAAACUAUGAUGAUUAAAGAAGAAGAAGUACUGGAGCUUUUAAGGAAUAUAAAAGUGGAUAAGUCUCCUGGUCCUGACAGAAUAUUCCCUAGAACAUUGAGGGAAGUUAGUGUGGAAAUAGCAGGGGCUCUGACAGAAAUAUUUCAAAUGUCAUUAGAAACGGGGAUGGUGCCAGAGGAUUGGCAUAUUGCUCAUGUCGUUCCAUUGUUUAAAAAGGGUUCCAAGAGUAUAUCUAGCAAUUAUCGGCCUGUGACUUUGGCGUCAGUGGUAGGUAAAUUGAUGGAAAGUAUUCUUAGAGAUGGUGUAUAUAAUUAUCUGGAUAGAUAGGGUCUGAUUAGGAACAGUCAACAUGGAUCUGUGCGUGGAAGGUCAUGUUUGACAAACCUUAUUGAAUUUUUUGAACAGGUUACUAGGAAAGUUGACGAGGGUAAAGCAGUGGAUGUUGUCUAUAUGGACUUCAGUAAGGCCUUUAACAAGGUCCCACAUGGAAGGUUGGUUAGGAAGGUUCAAUUGUUAGGUAUUAAUAUUGAAGUAGUAAAAUGGAUUCAGCAGUGGCUGGAUGGGAGAUGCCAGAGAGUGGUGGUGGAAAACUGUUUGUCAGAUUGGAGGCCGGUGACUAGUGGUGUGCCUCAGGGAUCUGUACUGGGUCCAGUGUUAUUUGUCAUAUACAUCUGGAUGGUGGGGUGGUAAACUGGAUGAGUAAGUAUGCAGAUGAUUCUAAGAUAGGUGGAGUUGUGGAUAAUGAAGUAGGUUUUCAUAGCUUGCAGAGAGAUUUAGGCCAGUUAGAAGAGUGGGCUGAAAGAUGGCAGAUGUAGUUUAAUGCUGAUUGGACUAAUCAAAAUAGGACAUAAAUGGUAGGGCAUUGAAGAAUGCAGUAGAACAGAGGGAUUUAGGAAUAAUGGUGCAUAGUUCUCUGAAGGUGGAAUCUCAUGUGGAUAGGGUGGUUAAGAAAGCUUUUGGUAUGCUGGCCUUUAUAAAUCAGAGUAUUGAGUAUAGAAGUUGGGAUGUAAUGUUGAAAUUGUACAAGGCAUUGGUGAGGCCAAAUUUUGGAGUAUUGUGUACAGUUUUGGUCACCAAAUUACAGGAAAGAUGUCAACAAAAUAGAGAGAGUACAGAGAAGGUUUACUAGAAUGUUACCUGGGUUUCAUCACCUAAGUUACAGAGAAAGGUUGAACAAGUUGGGUCUUUAUUCUUUGGAACGUAGAAGGUUGAGGGGGGACUUGAUAGAGGUAUUUAAAAUUAUGAGAGGUGACAUGGAUAGGCUUUUUCCAUUGAGAGUGGGGGGGGUUCAAACAAGAGGACAUGAGUUGUGAGUUAAAGGGCAAAAGUUUAGGGGUAACAUGAGGGGGAACUUCUUUACUCAGAGAGUGGAACUGUGUGGAACGAGAUUCCAGCAGAAGUGGUUGAGGCAGGUUCGAUGUUGUCAUUUAAAGUUAAACUGGACAGUUCUAUGGACAGGACAGCAAUGGAGGGUUAUGAGCUGAGUGCAGGUCGGUGGGACUAGGUGAGAGUAAGAGUUCGGCACGGACUAGAAGGGCCGAGAUGGCCUGUUUCCGUGCUGUAAUUGUUAUAUGGUUAUAUGUUUGUACCCUCAAUUUCACCUUUGAAAGCAUCCUACUUAUCAAGUAACCAUUGCCAGUCCACACUUGUCAGAUCCUUUCUGAUUGGCCCUCUCCAAUUUAGAAUCUCAACCGAGGGACCAGAACUAUGCUUCUCCGUACUAAUAUUAAUGGCAUUAUGAUCACAAGAGGCAAAGUGUUCCCCUAAACAAACUUCUAACAUCUGACCUGUCUUAUGAUUGCAGGAGGGGCAGGACUAGCAGCUCAAUAUUUGGGGAUUCCUUUGCUUAAGACACAACAGAACAAGUGAUUAAAGGAGGAGGGGUGGCAUUACUAGUCAGGGAAAAUGUCACGGCAGUGCUCAGUCAGGACAGACUGGAGAACUGUGGGAGGUAAGUGCAGAAAUUGCCGGGGCCCUAUCAGAGAUAUUUAAAUCAUCCUUGGCAACAAGUGAUUGGGGAAUAGCCAAUGUUCCGCUGUUUAAGAAAGGCUCUAAUUGUAAACCAGGAAAUUAUAGGCCAGUGAGUCUGACUUUGAUAGUGGGGAUCUUUUUGGAAGGUAUUCCAAGGCACUGGAAAUAUAAGUACUUGGAUAGACACGGACUGAUUGAGGAUAAUCAGCAUGGCCACAUGCAUGGUAGAUCAUGUCUAACCAAUCUUAUAAAAUUUUUCAAGGAAGUUACCAGAAAAGUGAAUGAAGGCAAGGCAAUGAAUGUUGUCUGUAUUGAUUUUAGCAAGGCAUUUGACAGGAUCCCACAUGGGAGGUUGGUUACUCGACAUUCAAGAUGAGGUAAUAAUUUCGUUUAGUUAUUGGCUUUGUGGGUGAAGCCAGAGAAUGCUAGUAAUUGUUUGCCUCUCUGACUGGAGUCCUGUGACGAGUGGAGUGCCGCAGGGAUACGUGCUGUUUCCGUUGUUUGUUGUUGAAGCGUGGAUGAAAUUACCGGAGAGACAGAGUCACUGGUAGAUACAAAGCAGCUUCUUUAUUUGACACAACAAGGUACAGCAGGCAUCUCAUAGAAACAUAGAAACAUAGAAAAUAGGUGCAGGAGUAGGCCAUUCGGCCCUUCGAGCCUGCACCGCCAUUUAUUAUGAUCAUGGCUGAUCAUCCAACUCAGAACCCCACCCCAGCCUUCCCUCCAUACCCCCUGACCCCCGUAGCCACAAGGGCCAUAUCUAACUCCCUCUUAAAUACAGCCAAUGAACUGGCCUCAACUGUUUCCUGUGGCAGAGAAUUCCACAGAUUCACCACUCUCUGUGUGAAGAAGUUUUUCCUAAUCUCGGUCCUAAAAGGCUUCCCCUCUAUCCUCAAACUGUGACCCCUCGUUCUGGACUUCCCCAACAUCGGGAACAAUCUUCCUGCAUCUAGCCUGUCCAAUCCCUUUAGGAUCUUAUACGUUUCAAUCAGAUCCCCCCUCAAUCUUCUAAAUUCCAACGAGUACAAGCCCAGUUCAUCCAGUCUUUCUUCAUAUGAAAGUCCUGCCAUCCCAGGAAUCAAUCUGGUGAACCUUCUUUGUGCUCCCUCUAUGGCAAAGAUGUCUUUCCUCAGAUUAGGGGACCAAAACUGCACACAAUACUCCAGGUGUGGUCUCACCAAGGCCUUGUACAACUGCAGUAGUACCUCCCUGCUCCUGUACUCGAAUCCUCUCGCUAUAAAUGCCAGCAUACCAUUUGCCUUUUUCACCGCCUGCUGUACCUGCAUGUCCACUUUCAAUGACUGGUGUAUAAUGACACCCAGGUCUCGUUGCACCUCCCCUUUUCCUAAUCGGCCACCAUUCAGUUAAUAAUCUGUUUUCCUAUUUUUGCCACCAAAGUGGAUAACUUCACAUUUAUCCACAUUAAAUUGCAUCUGCCAUGAAUUUGCCCACUCACCCAACCUAUCCAAGUCACCCUGCAUCCUCUUAGCAUCCUCCUCACUGCUAACACUGCCACCCAGCUUCGUGUCAUCCGCAAACUUGGAGAUGCUGCAUUUAAUUCCCUCAUCCAAGUCAUUAAUAUAUAUUGUAAACAACUGGGGUCCCAGCACUGAGCCUUGCAGUACCCCACUAGUCACUGCCUGCCAUUCUGAAAAGGUCCCGUUUAUUCCCACUCUUUGCUUCCUGUCUGCUAACCAAUUCUCCACCCACACCAAUACCUUACCCCCAAUACCGUGUGCUUUAAGUUUGCACACUAAUCUCCUGUGUGGGACCUUAAGGUCUGUUAGCUCAAUGUGGGCUCGAUAUUUAUAUGCUAAACACAAAGGCAAUCACUACUUAAAAGUUAUAGACAAUGCAUAGACAAUGCUUCCUAUUGAAGCUACAUACAAAAUAUCACCCCAUCCCUUCCUCCCGACGCCAACAUGUCUGGGUUGGUAUCCACAGCCUUUAGAAAUGUAAGUUAAGUCUACAAUACAUUUAUUUGGCAUUUCCCGUGCUAACAUAGAAGAUAAUUAAUAUUUAUAAUGUAUAGGUGAUACUGCCUUCGAAACUACAGCAUCAGGUCAAACUACCAGAAGCAUCUGGUAUUCACACCUUUUAGGAAUCCCAUUGUGGCGGACUCAAUCCACAGUCCUUUGUCAAACAGUUAAAAUAGAAGUCUGGUGACCAAAGUCUUUUAAGUGUAAACAAAUCAUCUACCCAAAAAGAAAUCCACUCUAGCAUUUGUCAUCUACAGCAAUGUUCUGCAGGCCUAUGACUAAUGGAAUUUAAUGUAGAUGUAGGGUUCUCAGUCAUACUAGACAGGCUGUUAACUGUUAAUCGCUUAUUACCAAAAUGGCUUCUCAUACUGUUAACUGCUGAGCAAGGGGUUCUCUGUAACAGCAAUGUUUGGGUUACACAAUGUGAUAAUGGAAACUGUAUUCAUUUGUUAGCCAACGGAAGUCAUGUUCUGUUAUCUUGUAUAUGUGUGCUGAGUUGAGGAGCGCGGGCUUUUUCGGGAGGCAAGCAGAGAGGAUGGACAUGUGAGGAACGGACAGUGGUUCCAGGGCGGUGAAUACCGGACCUCGGUGGUUCGGAGAGUGGCCGGAGUCUCGAAAGGACGUUGUGGAUGGAAUCGGAGGCAUGAGCUCCAGCGUAUUAAAAUAUUACGUUACUUAUGUGGCGCCUUUUCUUUUAGUUGUUGGUACUAACCCAACACCAAAAUUUGCUAUAAAUUAUAAUUCUUUAUUCGCACUUUGUAUAUUGUUUCAUAUUUGUGUCGUGGCUGAUCAUUGGGCAACUCACACCUUAUCCGCACCAAAGCAUCUGCACUGUUUGGCGGGGUCAACGGCUGUUCACCCUAGGCAACGGGAGUCAGUGGGGCAAGGACCAUUACAUUUGGGGCCUCGUUCCGCGGAUUUGAAUUCUGUCAGAGUAAGGGGUAAUUUGCUCGGG